CUGGUUCCAGCAGCGACCAUUCCCGACAGUUCAUCGCAGUAGCUCUUGUGACUAACACCUCCCCCAUUCUCACCCUUCUCCUGCCCAAGGUCUCCACAAAGCUGGAAGGUGACUGUUGUAGAGACAUGCCUCACAAGAAAGGUCAACAGGAAGUCACAACACACAAACCAACGGGUUUGCUGUUGUUGACAUCGCUCAGCAAGCAUCAGACAUCAUCAACAGCCUCAUUCCCAGAACCUAUUGAGUGUACGAAGUUCAGGACUUUGUCGCGCUACCCGGACUCCCCCACCACGCCCGACCCCACGCCUGCUCAACGCACACGCCCACACCAUAACGAGGCUCACAAAGGACCAACAAUAAUAGAAGAGAUCUCUAACGGUUGGGACAAAGAACGCGAUGGAAAACAACUUCCCGAGAGGAGCGAGGACUCGCGAGCAACACCCGCGCACAAGGUGCUCUCACUGUGUCAGUGUUGCAAGGCUGUGUUAAGGAGCCACCAUCACCUUCCAGAGCACCCGACUCUGGCUCAACGUCUCAAGUAUUACUUCACUUGCCCACCUCAUGGCAAGGUGGGCGAUUGUCUGAUGUGGUUGGUGAUUGGCUUUGCAAUCUGGGGCAGCCUCAUCGCCUUGACCGGAGACUCUGCGCUGCCUGGCGGCAACCUCUUCAGCCUGGUGGUGCUGUACGUGCUGGCGGUGGUGGUGGGGGCCGCCGCCAGCCUGGCCGACCUGCCUCCCCUGCUCGGCAGCCUGCUGGUCGGCAUACUCUACAGAAGCAUACCUGGAAUUAAUAUUCUGGCGCGUAAUAUCGAUAGAUCUUGGGCAACUGCUUUGAAAACUCUUCCUCUUAUUAUUAUCUUAACACGUGCUGGAUUAGGACUGGAUGCUGUAGCCUUGAAGACUCUUAGCUUUACUGUACUGCGGCUGUCUCUCCUUCCUGUCUUAGUAGAAUCAGCAACUACAAGUAUCGCAUCUAAGUUCUUCCUUGAUCUUCCAUGGGGUUGGAGUCUUAUGCUCGGGUUCAUCGUUGGAGCGGUGUCGCCGGCGGUGGUGGUUCCUGGGUUGUUAAAAUUAAGCAUGGAAGGUUAUGGCGUGGAGAAGGGCAUCCCAACUUUGGUCAUCGCGGCAGCCAGUGUUGAUAAUGUCUUGGCCAUAUCUGGCGCAAGCAUCAUGUUGGGAGUAAUAUUUUCUGAAGGUUCUUUAGUUUGGACGAUCCUGAAGAGUCCUGCUCAGAUGUUUCUGGGCGUGAUAUAUGGUAUUGCGUGCGGGCUGUUGUGUUGGAUCUUGCCGUAUCAUGAAAAGAUGAAUCGAGCAACAUAUAAAUUUAUCCUGGUCUUCUGUCUAGGUGCUCUGGGCGUGCUUGGCAGUCGGGAGGUUGGGUUGGCAAGUGCAGGACCAUUGUCAAUACUGACUUUAGCCUUCGUUGCUGGGAUGGGGUGGCGCAGACCAGGCUGUGAGGACCCUGAGGUCAGCGUCUACUACAGAAUGGUGUGGAACGUCUUCGAGCCGAUGCUCUAUGCUUUAAUUGGUGCAGAAAUUGACGUUGCAUCAAUAGACACCGGCACUGUUGGUUGGGGGCUGUUGACCUUGCUGCUAGGUCUGACCUUGAGAGUGACCACCUCCUUCCUUGUGGUAAUGGGAGCCUCCUUUACCAUAUGGGAGCGACUCUUCAUAGCCAUCGCCUGGCUUCCUAAAGCUACUGUGCAGGCCGCGAUAGGCUCUCAAGCUCUUGAUUACGUCCGCGAACAUCAGGGUGACGCCGUUGAUGUCACCAGAGGACAACAGGUCGUGACCAUAGCUGUGUUGUCCAUACUAGCGACGGCGCCCAUUGGAGCCGCCAUCAUCAAAAUCACCGGCCCCAGAUUCCUGGAGAAAAAGAUCGUCGUGAAUCCCGAGGCUAAUGUGUAGGAACGGAGACGUUUAUAGUGCCAGGAGGUCACAGGGGUAGAGUUAUAGUGCCAGGAGGUCACAAGGGUAGAGUUAUAGUGCCAGGAGGUCACAGGGGUAGAGUUAGGGGUGCCAGGAGGUCACAAGGGUAGAGUUAUGGUGCCAGGAGGUCACAAGGAUAGAGUUAUGGUGCCAGGAGGUCACAAGGGUAGAGUUAUGGUGCCAGGAGGUCACAAGGGUAGAGUUAUGGUGCCAGGAGGUCACAAGGGUAGAGUUAUGGUGCCAGGAGGUCACAGAGGUAGAGUUAUAGUGCCAGGAGGUCACAGGGGUAGAGUUAUGGUGCCAGGAGGUCACAGGGGAAGAGUUAUAGUGCCAGGAGGUCACAGGGGUAGAGUUAUAGUGCCAGGAGGUCACAAGGGUAGAGUUAUGGUGCCAGGAGGUCACAAGGGUAGAGUUAUGGUGCCAGGAGGUCACAGGGGUAGAGUUAUCGUGCCAGGUCACAGGGGUAGAGUUAUGGUGCCAGGUCAGAGGUAGAGUUAUGGUGCCAGGAGGUCACAAGGGUAGAGUUAUCGUGCCAGGUCACAGGGGUAGAGUUAUGGUGCCAGGUCAGAGGUAGAGUUAUGGUGCCAGGAGGUCACAAGGGUAGAGAUAUAUUGCCAGGAAGUCACACAGGGAAUUAUUGUGAUUGGUGUCAAAGGGAGUUAUGGUGCUAGGUCACCACAGGAAGUUACGAUGCCAGGAGGUCACAGAAGACGUUAUGGUGCUAGGUCAGAGGGAUCUAUGGUGCUAAGAGUUCACAGAGGGAAUUAUGAUUCUAGCUGUCAAAGGAAGUUAUGGUGGCAGGAGGUCAUAGAGAGAGUUAUGGUGCUAGCAAAUCACAGUGAGAGUUACGGUGAUAGGAGGUCACAGGACAAGUCAUGGUGACAGGUCACAGAAACAUAUAGUGCCUGGGACACAGAGGGAGUUAUAAUGCCAGAAGGUCACAAAGUUAUUCUAUAGGCGAGGUUCCAUUACAAUUUUCAUACAUAUUGUGAAUUAACUAUAUAUAU